AUGUUCCUCUACGCCCUUACUCUCCAACGGUCUGGUGCGAUUACAUGCACUGCCUACGGAAACUUCUCGGCUCCGAAGCAGCAUGAAAUCGUGAUUUCUCACGGGAAGACAUUGGAACUGAUCAGGCCCGAUCAGAAUGGAAAGAUUCAAUCUAUCUGUCAGAUGGAAUGCUUCGGCUUGAUUCGCUCAAUGGCUUCCUUCAGAUUGCCGGGUUCAAACAAGGAUUACCUUGUUUUAGGUGCGGAUUCUGGUAGAAUUUCUGUUUUAGAGUUCAGCAAAGAAAGGAAUCAAUUUGAGAGGGUUCACUUGGAGACUUACGGCAAGAGUGGGUGUCGUCGCAUUGUUCCAGGACAAUUCUUGGCGUCAGAUCCGAAGGGACGUGCAGUUAUGAUUAGCGCCAUUGAAAAACAGAAACUUGUGUAUGUUUUCAACAGAGAUGCUUCUUCAAAGCUAACCAUCUCUUCACCGCUCGAAGCCCAUAAAGCCUCUACAAUUCACUUCUCUAUCGUUGGUGUUGACGUCGGCUUUGACAACCCCAUUUUCGCUGCGCUCGAGAUGGAUUACUCAGAUGCAGAUGCAGAUGAGACGGGCCAGUCAGCAGAAGAAUUCAACAAAGUUUUGACAUUUUAUGAGCUCGACUUGGGUUUGAACCAUGUUGUUCGCAAAGCGAGCGAACCGAUCGAUGCGGCCUCGAACAUGUUGAUUCCUGUUCCAGGAGAUACGGAUGGACCCAGUGGAGUGCUUGUUUGUGCUGAGAAUAAGAUUGCUUACAAAAAGCCCGAUCAUGAAGAUGUUGUUGCCCUGAUUCCUCGACGCCAGGGUAUGCCGUUGGAUCAACCACUUCUCAUCACAGGAUAUUCUCACUUGAAACAGAAGGAUGGAUUUUUCUUUCUCUUGCAGAGCGAAAUUGGCGAUCUCUAUCGUCUGACGUUGACUUACAAUGAUGAGGAAGUAUCGGAAAUCAAUAUCACAUACUUCGACACGGUGCCUGUUGCCCAAUCGAUCACUAUCCUCAAGACAGGAUUCUUGUUUGUUGCUUCUGAAUUCGGAAAUCACGCCCUAUAUCAAUUCCUGUCCAUCAAAGGAAGCGAUGAAUCGGACAUGAUGCCUGUCGAAGUCGAAAUUGAAGGAGAGACGAUUGAAAUUCCCCACUUUGCGCCUAGACCCUUGAAGAACCUGCUGCUUGUGGACGAGAUGGAGUCAUUGUCCCCGAUUUUGGACAUGAGGGUUUUGGAUCUUGCUGGAGAAGAGACACCGCAAAUCUAUGCGCUCUGUGGAAAAGGCCCAAGAUCGACUCUUCGUACCCUACGUCAUGGUCUUGCAGUGGCUGAAAUGGCUGUGUCUGAGUUGCCUUCUAAUCCGCUUGCUGUGUGGACUGUCAAGGGCAGCAGCAAGGAUGCGGCAGAUAAGUAUAUUGUAGUCACGUUUGCAAACGCAACCAUCGUUCUCUCGAUCGGAGAUACUGUUGAAGAGGUAACCGAUAGUGGGUUCUUGGCAACCAACAAGACUUUAUCAGUGUCGCUUCUUGGCGAUGACUCGCUACUUCAAGUUCAUCCCAACGGACUUCGAACUGUGCGCUCGGACAAGCGUAUCAGCCAGUUCACCCCGCCGAACAAAGGCGUCAUCAACUUGGUUGCUGUGAACCAACAACAAGUUGUUGUCGCUCUUGCCGAUCACACGAUGAUUUAUUUUGAACUGGAUGCCGUCGGCCAAUUGCAGGAGAAGGCAAAGCCUGAGAUCGGAGGAGGACAAAUAGCCGCACUGGACAUCUCUCCUCUAGGGGCCGGACGCAGCAGAGGAAGGUUUCUUGCGGUUGGAGCUUCUGUGGAUGGAAGCUGGUUCGUAAGAAUCCUCUCGCUGGAUCCUGGAAGUUUCAUGCACAUAGUUUCUCGUCAAGCCUUGCCUGCCAAACCCGAGUCACUCUGUUUGAUUGAAAUUUCUAUUGGAGCUGCUCAAUCUGAUGGUGGCACACCUACUCUUUUCCUCUUCGCUGGAUUGGAAAAUGGUGUUUUGAUGAGGAUUACAGUUGAUCCAAUCACUGGUCAGCUGGCACCCGAGUUUCGAACUCGUUUCCUGGGUACAAAGCCUGUCAAACUUUUCAAAGUUUUGGUACAAGAGCAGCCUGCCGUCCUCGCUUUGUCUUCUCGGUCUUGGUUGGCGUACAACUUCCAAGGUCGGUAUCAGAUCACGCCCCUGUCAUAUGAGACCCUGGAGUAUGCUUCUGGUUUUGCCUCGGAUCAGUGUCCUGAGGGUUUUGUUUGCGUUGCUGCCAACACCUUGAGAAUCUUGACGGUUGAAAGGCUUGGAGAGGUGUUCAAUCAGCAUUCGAUGAAACUUUCGUUCACACCUAGAAAAAGCGCACUGCUGAAGGACAGCGGAUGCUUUGUUGUCCUGGAGACUGAUCAUAAUUCUGAUAUGGAGAAGGCCAAAGAAGCGCGUUGUGAUGUUGCUGAGGACGAAGAAGAAGAGAAUGAGAACAAGCUCCCUCACUCCAUUUACGGAGAGCAGCGUGCUGGAGAAGCAAAGUGGGCUUCACGUGUACGUGUGAUUGAUCCCAAUGAGAGGGAAACAAAGCAAAUCAUCGAACUCGAUCCCAACGAAGCUGCGCUGAGCGUGUGUGUAGCAACCUUCUAUGACAGGAAAGGACAUACUUUCUUGUGCUUCGGAACUGCUGUUGGACACAAAGUUGGCAGCCGAACUGGUUCAGGAUUCCUGCACACGUAUUCAGUUGUUGGCUCACAGCUUACCUUUGUUCAUAAGACUCCCAUCGAUGGCGUUCCGAGAGCUUUGUGCAGCUUUCAGGGUCGCUUGCUUGUCGGGGUCGGUUCAGCUCUGCGACUCUAUGAAAUGGGAAAGCGAAAGUUGUUGCGAAAAUGUGAAAACAGAAACAUCCCCAACCUUGUGGUGACGAUCAGCACCAUGGGAGACAGGAUCUAUGUCGGAGACGUCGCAGAGUCCAUCUCCUUCCUGAAGUACAAUAGGAUACUCAAUGAGCUUGUCAUAUUCGCCGAUGACACCCACCCGCGAUGGAUGACGGCAGCUUGCCCAGUCGACUAUGAUACUGUUGCUGGAGCAGACAAGUUCGGCAACAUCUUCCUGACCAGGCUUCCCGACAACGUGUCCGACGAGAUCUCUGAAGAGCCUGGGGCAGUUGGGAUGUUCGAGGGGAAUGACCUGCAGGGGGCGCACUACAAGGCGGAGGAGAUCGUGCAGUAUCACGUGGGAGAAACAGUAUGUAGCUUACAGAAGGCUACCCUGUCUCCUGGUGGCUCCGAUGCUAUCAUCUAUGGGACGAUGUACGGAGGUAUCGGGGCUCUCCAGCCGUUCGUGAGCCGCGAGGACGUGGAUUUCUUCCUCCACCUUGAGAUGCACCUUCGAGGAGCCGCCGGAGCAAGGGAACACAAGCCAGCAGGAGAAGGCAUCUGUGGAAGGGACCAGCUCUCCUUCCGCUCCUACUACUUCCCCGUCAAGGACGUGGUGGACGGCGACCUCUGCGAGACUUUCAAUUACUUGAGCCCGUCGCGACAGAAGCAGAUCGCGGAGGAUCUCGACAGAACGCCGGGAGAAGUGGCCAAGAAGCUCGAGGAUAUGCGGAACAGGCUGCUCUAG